AUGCCGAAAACAGUACAAGAGCAAGCUGUAUCGUUUGUAAAAGAUCUGGCGGCCGGUGGGGUUGCCGCUGCUAUUUCAAAGACUGCAGUAGCUCCCAUCGAAAGAGUCAAGUUGCUUCUACAGGUUCAAGCAGCCUCGAAGCAAAUCUCCGCCGACAAAGAGUAUAAAGGCAUCAUAGACUGUUUUACUCGAGUAACAAAAGAACAAGGGUUCUUCUCGCUAUGGAGAGGUAACUUUACAAAUGUCAUUCGUUACUUUCCAACGCAGGCACUUAACUUCGCCUUCAAAGAUAAAUACAAACAGAUCUUCCUCGGUGGCGUAGACAAGAACAAACAAUUCUUAAAAUUUUUCUUGGGUAACUUGGCUUCUGGUGGUGCUGCUGGUGCAACGUCAUCUAUAUUCGUGUAUCCUUUGGACUUCGCGCGUACGCGGUUGUCAGCUGAUGUUGGUAAAGGCUCUGCACGUGAGUUCACAGGUCUUGGUAACUGCCUUGUAUCAAUAUACAGAUCGGAUGGGUACCUCGGACUGUACAGAGGUUUCUUUACCUCAUUACAAGGUAUCAUCAUCUACCGUGCUGCAUUCUUCGGCUUGUACGACACAGCAAAAGGUGCAAUUCCUUACAAGCUUAACAUCUUCUUCUCAUGGAUGAUUGCCCAAUGCGUGACAACAGCUUCAGGUAUCAUCUCCUAUCCAUUCGACACUGUUCGACGUCGUAUGAUGAUGCAGUCUGGUCGCAAGGAUGUCAUGUACAAGAACACAAUUGAUUGCUGGAGGAAAAUUGCUCAGCAGGAAGGCUCUAGGGCUUUCUUCAAGGGUGCGCUGUCCAAUAUAUUCCGUGGUACAGGAGGAGCUCUUGUGUUAGUUCUGUAUGAUGAAAUUAAGGCACUUAUUGUUUAG